AUGCAAAGAGAGGAUUAGUAGUUGAAAUUAUAUGAUAAAGGAAGAUUGAUUUGUGGGGCUAUCACUUUUACAUUCAAAUUUGAUUAAGGUUUUGAAUUGAAAUAAUAUUAAAACUCAUGCUUGAUACAAGAUCAUACUAUAGAAUAUGAAGGUUGCAAAUUUUUAGCACUUCCAACCGACCUGAACAUUGAGUAUUGUUAUACUAUAGAUGAAAAAGAAGAAAUCAAAUUGGAUGUCAAGGAUUAUUAAUUGGAUGAUAUUUCUGACUUUGAAGAAUAGUAAACAUGGAAUGAAUCUAAAACUUCUUCUUAAUUUUUUAUUCCUUAUUUCACUACUAGUCCAGAUAAUCGAUAUAUAUUUAUAUGUGUUGUUGUUGAGCUUAUAGAAAGGAUUGAAACUUAACGAAUAAUCAUAAUUGAUACAUUCAAUCCCAAUAUCAAAAAGGUGUUUUUUAGGACUUCUUUUAUGGGAUACUAAAAACCAUAAUUUUCUAAGGAUGGCAAUUUAGCUUUCAUCAAUAUUACAAAAAAUGUGGAGUAAUCAAGAUUCUUAAUAUUUAAUCUUAAAAAUGGAAUAUAAGAAGUAAAGAUCAUUAAAUUGCAUCGUUCAGUUAGAAAAAUAGAUUAUGAUGUCGAAUCUGGUUGUUUGUUUUAUAUAACUAAUUAUUGUAAAAUACACCAAUCCCCUUUGAAUUAAGAUGGCACUAUUGAUAAGUCAAAGAAAACAAUCUAUAAAAUUAAUUUGGGACCAUUCGAUUUGUCUGGUUUUUUCAUUGCUCUCACUUUACUUAGCCAUUCAAUUGUGCUUGUUGUAAAUGAUCUAGGCCAUCUUAUUGUUUCUAGAAUUAGAGACAAUUGUAAAGCAGUAAAAUAAUAUUUGUAUAGUCAAUAUUUACCCCCAUAAUACACAUUUAAAAAGGCAUUUGUUGUUAUGGCUGAUUCCAAUGCGAGAUAAGUUGCGCUGGUUGAUAUUUCAAGGGGCAGGUUAAUUAGAUCACGGUAGGGAGGUCAUCAUUUUUCCAGGAUUUAUGGUUAUCAUUAGAAGGAUUCAUAUUUUCUCUCUUAUGUGGUUUUAAAUAGGAGCAAAGAAACCAAAGAUAAUUUGGGUUCUAUAGGGAGUGAUAGUGAUAGUGAUAGCGAAAUAAGGAAAUAAUGGUUGAUUUUUGAUGUUAUUAGAGGAACUGAAAUUGAAAUAAAAGGAGAUGUGUCUUCCGAUGAUCCCUCGGAUAUAUUUACAAAAAAUAUUCUGAUGAGAUCAUAAGGAAAUAAAUUAAUUUAUAAAUUAAAACUUUGA